AUGGACUUCUCCCUCCUACCGGAAGAAGUGCUUGUCAACGUGCUCAAGAUGUCCUCACCUACGACAGUUACUGUCGCGAAAAGGCUGAAUAAAAAACUGAAUCGAAUUGUGGAACGAAAUCACCUGGGGAAACCUCGAGUUGAUGACUUCAACGUUGAAAUGCGCAGUUUUUUGGGUCGCACACGUCCCGUUGGCAAGCUGCAACUAAAAAACUCUACUAAAAUGCAUAGAAGAGUGGUAGUGACAAUGAGAAGGAAGCACAAAAGUCGGCAGAUCAUAGAAGAAGCAUUCGACGGUCCAAGUUGUAGUAACGGCACAAAUGUGAUCAUGGAAGAAAUGAAGAAGGUUCAACUCUAUGAAAGACUCUCAUUCGAUGGAGUUACCGCUGAUACAGAAUUCUUCAACAUGCUCACUGCAAAGUGGAACGAUAUGAGUUUCGUUCAAAGCUUGUCGUUCACUCUGUGUCACCUGAAAUUCUCCGAAGAACAGAUGCUAUCGCUACUUACACGAACCGCUUGUCAUUCGCUCACGCUUGAUUUCUGUCACUUCGAGCAAGACAUCAUUAGUGACAAGGUGGUCAACGCUAUGUCGAGUAUGCGAUGUUUGCGUAUUCAACCACGUUCCACCGUGUUUCUCCACCAACUGACGGAUACGACAUUAAAGAGAUGGAGUUCGUCACCGCCCACUACCAUAGCGCUUUACAACUGUGCCAGCAAUUUCACGUUGCGAGGAAUUGUCGAAGUGAUUAAGGGGCUUGCUGAUGAAGUGUUCGUCGACUGGGAUUUCGGUCGUAUCCUACCACGAGACGGCGCCGAAGGACAAUUGUUUUCAAUGAUGUCGAUCUCCGGACUUACCAUUUUUGUAAGCGACGACUUCAAUUCGAGACGUGUACAAAUCGCCCGAGGCCCAUCACGAAUUGCCUUCAAUCUGAUCAAAGAGGAGGCAUUCACUUCCUGA